AUGUCCACUCGCAACGAGUCUGGUCAAUCGGAUGGCAGCGAGGAACAUAACCAUUCUGUUGACUCGGGGUUAUUGCCACAACCACCAAUAUCGAAAAUUUACGGCAGUGAGGAAGCUCGAGAGCAAGCUGUAGCCUCCUUACAGGCUCUGUUACGAGAUAAACUCAUGAGUAAACCAUCGAGUGAAUUCGAGUAUAUUGUCGUUGAAGGAAGAGUAGCGACGUUGUCGGCUGCGAAGGGUGGUGAUAAAAUAAAUCCAAGUAAAGCCAGGGAGGAGUUAAAGGAAUUAUUGGAAUCGAAGAAGGAUAUGUACGUACACGUUCAUGUGAAUUUACCGAGGUCGAAUUUGGGAAAUCGUGGGAUAAUUGAGAUUUUGGAGGGUUUGAUUGGCCACUCGAAAGCUCGGCUGAGCUCUUUGAUGAUUUCGGGAAAUAAUUUAACUGAUGAAUUCACGAAAUGGCUGUCGCGGGAAGUUGGAGAGAAUUCGAAUGACGAUAUAUUUACGGCGGUUAAAGAGAUUGAUCUGUCGUAUAAUUAUUUGACUGCUGGUGGUGUUGAGAUGCUCACGAGAGCUCUACCAGAUUUGAGGAAAUUGGAUGUACGUAUGAACAUGAUUGAGAACGCGGGGAUGUUUCGAGGAAAUAGAAUUAUUGAGAUCUUCCCACAGAGGAUGGACAGAAAGGGAACAGAUGAUGCUUCCGCGUUGUUGCAAUCAUUCCGACAAAUUACUACAUCGGGAGACGACGCACCAGAAAAGGUAUCGCAAGAACUACGGAAACUGCAGGGGUCCCGGUCCAAGUUGUAUGGGAAUGCUGAUGAUGCUAAUAGGCUUGGGGAUGAUCUUAUGGCGGCGUUUAAGGAGGCGAAUGAGAAUAAAGUUAACUCUGCGGGUAGAGGGGAGGAGGACCCGCAUACCGCGCCACCAUUUGGGAGUUCUUUUGAGUCGGCUGGGACGGUUGGUGGGCCGAUGAAUACGCCCAUUGGUCGGCCGAGAUUCUCCCCGAAUGACGUUGCUGCUCUUGCACAAUCACAACUAAAUCGUUCGGGUCAAACGCGACUUGCCGAUUUGAAGUACACCUCCUCCUCCUCUUCUGGUGGUGGUCCUAGCCUAACUUCAGCAGCUCGGAGUGGUGAUCCGUUUGCUGGGUUGAAAAUGCAUGGGGGAAGCUCCCUUACACCCGUCCCUACUAAAUCUAGUAGAGCUGUCGUCGAAGUGCAGUCGUUGAUAGCACGUCUAGAGGCUAACGAGAGGCGAGGAAAGGUGGACGGACAACAACAGCAGCAGAAGAAGGAUAAUGCGGUGUUGAUGCGCGCACUGGUGGAGCAGCUCUCUGCACUGCAAGAAUCGGUUAAUAGAAAUCAAGCAAAGGCUCAGCAGCAGCAGCAUGCCACUGGACUAGCUAGGCAACAACAGCAACAACAACAAGCGGUUCAAGGCGAUGGAGGGGAGGAGCACAGCGAGCCAACGGUUGCGGAUCUGUUGGGCACUUUGAGGAGGUUCCUCGAUGAGCACAAGGCGGCGGAGGCCACUCAACCGCAGAAUCUGCCGACUGGGCAGCAGCAGCAGCAGCAAACGAUGGAGACGUAUGGGAAUGACGGAGGAGGGGUGAAGGAGCAACGAAUGACGGUCGCGGAAAUGGAACAGAAUUUGUUCAACUCGUUAAGGAAGGGUGAUCAGAAUUCUCAGCAGACCUUUUCUGGAGGUUCUAACUCGAUUGCGAAUAGGAUUAUCAAUGUGAGUUGCCCGUUUCCUGGUCAGCAACAUCUGUAUGAGGGAGAUACUAUUCUGGCGAUUAAUGGUGUCGGCUUGGUGCCUAAGACUAACUCUGAUGCUAAGCACAUUCGUACUGCGUUUGGAAGGAAUCUUUUUGAUGGUGUAUUGUGUACGGUAUUACGUACGGCUGAAGGAAGGGAGCAGAUGAAGAGCUAUCGGUCCGUUAGUGUGAAUAGGAGGCUCUAUAUUGAAGGCUUGUUACAAGCCACGGAUGUUACGUGGAAGGAGUUGGCGAAUUCUGGUCUAACGAGUGACCCCGAUACAGCAGUCGGUGAUAUUGCAGCGAGGAAAGGGUGUAGGGGCGGAUUGCUGCGAGUGUCGGUGGAAGAUGCGGCGCCUAUGGUUAGUCUUAAUGGUGAUAGGGAGAGUGUCGAGCAAGUGACGGAACAAGUGACGGAGUUGAUCACAGUCUUGGCAAAACGGGUCCGCGAUGAGAGAACUAAUAAGGAGGCGGCGGCACAAGCGGUGGCGGAGUUGAAGGCAGCGGUUUUGGCGAGAGCGAAUGCGGGAGUUCCACCACCACCACCUGUAGCUGCAGCUAAGCAGGAUUCGCCAGCGUCUGUAGGCGAAGGUUCGCCCGUUUCCUCGAAAGAGGUCAAGACUGAUGAAGACGUCCGAUCGGGCGGCGAGACGAGUUCGGAGAAGGAUGGUACGAGAGGAAAAGAAGCGGAAAGCCGUGAAUUGGAAGCGGACCCGGGAGAAGAUUCGGAAGGAGUGGAGUUUACUUCGGCUAAGGAAUCUGAGGCGGAAUCGAUAUGA